UCCUCUCUAUAAUAUUAGGCUUUACAGUUUCAAAACUAGCUCUACACUAGCUUGUCGGUCUGUUCACGUCGAACUCUGUUUUAACUGUAACGUCUUUGCGUAGGUUUUGGUGUACCGUACUUUCAUCAUGAGAGAGAAUAGGGAAACUGUUUUAUUGGUUGGUUUACUGGCUAUCAUCAGCAUCACCGCGCUGGUGCUCGGGGUCGUGGGCUUGACUAAAUCCAACGGGGCGAGCCCGGGCGAGGCGCAGCCAGUCAACGUAUACACUUCUGGAUCGUCCGAUGCACUUACUAGUAACGAAAGGAUCUGGAUGAUUGCUAUUGGCCACUACGGUAGCAACGUUGAAUACUUGGAUGAAGAGACUUACACCAUCCGAGGAUUUAAUCCGGAUAUAGUGGAUGCGGUUUGCUCCAUCGCUAACAAGAACUGCAAAUUGGUAUACGACGUCUAUGGCAAUUGUUGGGACAGCAACGCAGGCCAGCGGCCCAGGGGCGGCCAGGGUCUAAUGGGAGGCUGGUAUGACGGUUGCUCGGGUUGGGUCCAAUCAUUUGACCGUCUGCUAACAUUCUCCUUCACAAAACCUUUCAUGGAAGCUAACAAAGUUGGAAUGUAUGCAAAGAGCGGCAGCACACUCUCAUACAGUGAUUUGACAAACCUGAAGGUCGGGUUCUCCGAUGGGUGGGCCUACGAUGAGUUUUGUCUUGCAAGAUAUACUGAUAUUGCGGGUUCGAGUCUGCGUCAAGGCCAAAUCACACAUUUCGCCUCAACAGAAAGACUAAUUGAAGCACUCAACUCUGGAGAGAUCGAUGUCAUUUUUGUCUCAGCCCUCUCUCAGUACGACAGCGCCUUGAUGAGAAUCACGCCCUCAGACUUCGAGAAUAAGUGUCUGAAAGGAGGGAAUUCUGUCAUGACACGUCACAAUAACCCCGAUUUCGUCAACUGGUGGAACGACGCGUUCGAUCGCCUUGUCCAGAGAGGGCGCUAUGAUGAAAUCUGUAAAACAGUCUCUGACAGGCAUGGCCAUAUCCCAGGGCGGGAUUAUACUGAGCUUUGUAUCGGCUAUUAGGCCACUUCUGAGUGGAGGAAAGCGUUAUCACGUGACUGCAGA